CUCACUGCUUGUUAUAUGUGCGGGUAUCGAUCACAGCGCUUGAAAACCAUGGUAACGGAGAAAGGCGCGAUCACGUGCUCUGUGAUGACGACGAAGGUUCAUGGAGUUGAUGGUACAGGUGUGACAAUGGCCGGAUGGACUCGCAGCAGUGUCGUCGUCGUCGUCGCUCUGUGGCAGAUCUGCAUUGCGAGUGGCAACAAGGUCUGCACAUACCACACUUACACCUACGGCCACUCAAGGGUCCUCACGUACAAGUGUCAUGACUGGGAGUACUGUUGUUCCGGAGUCUGCUGUCACUAUCCAGUCUUGAUUCACAGAUUGUGGUACUUCUGGGUUGGGAUACUGGCUCUUGCCUUCUUCUUGCUGCUAGCAUCAGUCACAUGGUACAAGAAACGCUACUACGGUCGGGUUUUGAGAGUCCAUCCUGCCCCAAUAGGACCCGGCGCUGUUCAUAUGCAUACAGUGACAACCCAGCAGUUCAUCCAAACCCCAACCUAUCCUGGAUCAUAUGUUGCCGUACCCCCCGGGACGUAUGUAGCCGCACCCCCCGGGCCUCCACCACCUUACUCCUCACUUCCAGGGCAGACGCAGGGCAAGCACCCACCUCCCGCUGGACCCAUGCAGCCGGCUUAUCUACCCCCGGGAAUGACCCACCCAUCUCAAUGGCAGCAAGAUAACGACAGCAACCGUCUCUUCUAGCCCACGCCUUAUUCUUUAUCGGUGCAAUCUCCGUCAUGUCUCUGGCAUUAAUCGACGAGUAUUGAGGUAUUUAACAACGACAAAAUUGCUGUUGGCGAUUAUUGUCGCCAAGAAAAAAGGGGGUUGUGAUGAUGGAUUGCACACGGUAGCAAUGCGAACGGGUGGCAUAUAUUACCGAGAAUGUGAUAGAGAAUGUAGCAAAUAUGUUGGUAAUUGUGUGUCAAUUUCUCAGUAUUCGUUUAAAAUACUCAUAUCAACCAAUUUCAUCCAACGUUUAUAUCAAAACAUCUUGUCAUCUAGCGGAUGAAGUGAUGUUUACCAAAGACGUCUUGCAAGAAUGUCAAAUUAUGAGGUAUAGUUUGACCCCGUCGCCUGCAAUAUAAAGACUGGGGACUGUACAUGUUCAACAUUCAAGAAAGAGGCCUUUCACUGGGAAGUUGAAAAAAGAUAGCAAUGAUGACCACUCUCUGGGACGGGUACAUGGUUUGCAUCAAGUAUUCUCCGUGAAGACGACAGUGAAUUUUCAGACAAUACCACUUACAGUUUCAAUGACACCUGGAUGUGAUUUCAUACCUUCAGCAAUUUACGAUUUAACAGAAUACAUGGCGUUCCUUGUCGACCCUGCUUUUGGCAGAGAUUUCUUAUGAAUAUGGAAAGGGUUUUGUCGCUUUAUUUGUUAGAAAGGUACGAAAACCAGAGUGCGUCAAAACCACUUAAUUUCAAAUAUCUCAUGUGAGAGUUUUCAGCCAAACCUCAUAUAAUGAUGGCCUUAGUAGGUUUGGCGGUGAAUGCUUUUUUAUAAGUAUUGAGUAUUGGUAAAUUGGGUAUCGCUCUACUCUACAUGGUAAAUAGUUGGUGACAUCGAGACUGUUUUACGCGUCAUGCUGUUUAUGACCUGUUUUACUCUUCAGCAUGUAUAUUUACUGUUUUACUCUACACGAUGUUUACAUAACCUGUUUUAAUCGUGACGAUAUAUAGAACCUGUUUUACUCGUCACGAUGUAUAAAACCUGUUUUACUCGCCACGAUGUAUAGAACCUGUUUUACUCGUCACGAUGUAUAGAACCUGUUUUACUCGUCACGAUGUAUAGAACCUGUUUUACUCGUCACGAUGUAUGGAACCUGUUGUACUCGUCACGAUGUAUAGAACCUGUUUUACUCGUCACGAUAUAUGGAACCUGUUUUACUCGUCACGAUGUUUACAUAACCUGCCUUACUCGUCACGACGCAUAUUGAGCCUUUUUCAUAUUUACCAAUUGUUUUGUCACACUAUUGUGUGUAAACAGAUGGCAUCGAGACUGACACAUGUGUUAAGUGCUGGUUGUAUUUGGUAGGAGACGAAUUCUUGUCAUGUGUCUAACUAAUCUAGUUCACACCUACUUUUUUCGUGAACAGUGUCAAGGUAGCAGACCACAGGCUUGUCCGAAUCACAACAGUAUUUUCAUACUUUGUUUCGCGCACUUGGUUUGACAUAACGCCCACGUGACAAAUCAAUUGAACUUUGGAAUGAGAAACACUGAACCCAUUUACUCACAAGACUGAGCUUCUGAAUUAGGUAAUUAACUGCAUGAGGGAAAGCCCGGUAUUUCGAACGUUGGGACAACGUCAUCACACACCGUUAUGUAGAUGUUGAGACAUGUGAUGGCAACGCUCAGGAACACUGUGUGUGAAUCGUUCAGAUCCUAAACAAAAUAUAUCUGCAUUUACGGAUAACGGGUACGGAGUUAUAUCUCUUUUUAUACACGGUGGGCAUGUUCCGAUUAAAGCACAGGGUCAAAGGAUUGAAGUGUAACCUUGUUUAGCUGUUUUGAUUUACUAAACUGUUACUAGUAUCAUAUUUUCUGUUUUACCCACACAUCUAUCAAAAAAAGACAUUGGAUAUAAACAAAAAAUGAUAGCAGCCAUUUAAACAACGAAAAUACAGAAUUUCGUCAUGUGUUACUGAUUACUGGCAGCCUGAGAUGCCCGACACGACAACGGUUCUACUCUGGGGGAAAUAAAUAUCACCAUUUGCCUCAGAACCUAAAGAUAAGUAUUUGUACUGCGGAUGUAGAUAGCAUCAUCCUAUCAUCAAUACUUUCUUUUGUUUUGUAUUGUUACAUUUUCAUCUCAUCAAAAUAAGACUUUAAACAAUAUAAUUUUGAAAGGUCUUUUGGAAUAUCCUUCUAAGAAACAAAAAGGGUCUUGAAAUAAGGAACAUAGAUAUUCUGUGUACCAACACAAUGUGAUAGAAAUUUUUUCAUGCUAGUAAAUUAAAAGCAAAAACAGUUUUCAGUUUUUAAGGCUUGAAAACAUUGAAAAUCUUGAAGAACCGUUUCCUCAGAUUUACAAUAUGUGUUGAUACGUUAUAUCAAUGUUUGUUACCAUGACAAUGUUGUGGAUGUAAAAAUCACUACAUGUUCAUUUCAGUUUAAAUGUACCUGAUGGG